GAACUGGCAUAAACUCUUAAUGUGGAGCAUAAUUUAUGGCUUGUUAAUCCUUAAAGGAAAUCAUGCUAAAAUUGUUAAGAAACGAGGUGUCAUGGAUAAUUUAAAUGAUGGCUUGAAAGUAGCCGGGCAAAUGUUUGGCAUUAAUACAGCUGCUGAUGUGGCAAAUUUAGUGGCUAAAGCAUUUUCGAAAAAUACCAGCAAUCGAAAUAAGCCCGAUUUAUUUACCAUAAUACAAAAAGGUUUACAACUUGCACCUUCUCAUUCCAGCAGUUCAGAAGAACGGAAACAUUUUGCUUCACAAAAUAAUUAUGAAUCUCAGGAAGCUUAUCAGCAGCAGCAGCCCGAGGAGACAACCCAGUUUAAGCAAUUUCAAACCAAGGCAUCCCCACCAAAAGAGGCAGUGGGUUUGAAUUUUGGUACUUCAAAUCUUAUAACCAGCAUGUUACGCAUGGUGGGCUUUGAUGCCUCCAAAUUGGGAGCUUUAGCUAUAAAUGCUUUAAUAAUGAUAGCCUCCGCGAUUGGUAAUACCAUAAUGGGCACCACAAAACCUAAACCCAUAAAUACAAACCCAGAAGGUGGACAUUUAUUUAAUGCAACCGAAGAAAAGUAUACACCCAAUGCUCAUCAGCCUAGAGCGUUAAAUGAUGCCACCACUAUCGAUUGGUUUCUACAGAAUUCUUCCAACAAAAUGAAACGCAUACUUAAGGAAGCCACCCAUAAUAAUUUAGCCGAUAAACUCACCGACAUGAUAGCAAACUAUGAAUCGAAACAGGGCCAGGGUGCCUGUCUGAAAAUGUUGGUGUGUAAGAGCUCACCGUUUAUUUGGGGCAUGCAAAAGUCAAUAAAGCAACAUAUUGAGCCGAAAGAUAAGAAGCAAAGUGCGGAGGAAGAUUUAAAUGCUGAUACCGAGAAACAGUUAUUUAGUGUACAACAUUUCUUUACACAUUUGCCCAGUGUUGAUGAGUAUCGGGAAUAUGGUGAAAAGUGUGAAAAACUAUAUUCGAUUCAUUGUAAUACCACAGAUUUGUAUAAUAAGUAA